CACACUACCCAAUAGCCACUAAUCCAGAAAGAACAGAAAUGGAGACAGAGAAGAAAAGUAUCUCUAAGGGCAAUCUAGAGAUGGUGGAGAAAAAAGAGGACCAAGUUCUACACAACAAGACCAAGCACCAUCGACGAGGAGGCCUCAGAACGUUACCUUUCAUCCUUGCAAAUGAAGUAUGUGACAGAUUUGCAACUGCUGGUUUUCAUGGUAACUUGAUAAGUUACCUGACACAAGAGCUGAACAUGCCAUUGGUAUCUGCCUCAAACACACUGACAAACUUUGGAGGAACAUCGAGUUUCACUCCUCUCAUUGGGGCUCUUAUAGCAGAUUCCUUUGCUGGCCGAUUUUGGACCAUUACUGUUGCUUCUCUCAUUUAUGAAAUGGGAUUGGUUAGUAUCACAGUAUCAGCUAUACUACCAAAUUUGCGUCCCCCACCAUGUCCAACACAAGUGAAUUGCCAAGAAGCUUCAUCCUCACAACUAUGGAUUCUCUACAUUUGUCUUCUCCUCACAUCUAUUGGAUCAGGUGGCAUUAGACCUUGUGUUGUGCCCUUUUCAGCAGACCAAUUUGAUAUGUCCAAAAAUGGUGUGGCAUCAAGGAAGUGGAACCUCUUCAAUUGGUACUUUUUCAGCAUGGGAUUGGCUUCUCUAAGUGCUUUGACCAUUGUGGUUUACAUUCAAGACAAUAUGAGUUGGGGUUGGGGCCUUGGAAUUCCAACCAUUGCCAUGUUCAUAUCCAUCAUUGCCUUUGUGUUGGGCUCACCACUCUAUAAGACUGUUAAACCAGAAGGAAGCCCAUUGGUUCGUUUAGCCCAAGUAAUUGUGGCAGCUAUAAAGAAAAGAAAGGAACCUUUGCCAGAAGAUACCAAGCUUUUGUACCAAAAUUGGGAACUUGAUGCUGCUAUUUCUUUGGAAGGGAAGCUUUUGCACUCUGAUCAAUAUAAAUGGUUGGACAAGGCAGCAAUUGUCACAGAGGAGGAGGAGGCAAGAGAUCCAAAUGUAACACCAAACUUAUGGAAAUUAGCCACUGUUCACAGAGUUGAAGAGCUAAAAUCUAUAAUUAGAAUGCUUCCAAUUUGGGCUUCUGGGAUUUUGCUUGUAACUUCUUCAUCACAUCUACAUAGCUUUGUGAUUCAACAAGCUCGAUCAAUGGAUAGACACCUCUCUCCCUCAUUCCAAAUUUCACCAGCUAGCAUGUCUAUUUUCAGUGUUCUAACCAUGAUGACAGGAGUUAUUCUCUAUGAACGCCUUUUUGUUCCCUUUGCUCGUAGAUUCACUAAGAACCCUUCUGGAAUCACAUGCUUACAAAGAAUGGGAAUAGGCUUUAUAAUAAACAUAGUAGCCACUGUGGUUUCAGCACUAUUGGAAAUCAAAAGGAAAUCUGUUGCUGCCAAGUACCACUUAUUGGAUGAUCCAAAAGCCACUAUUCCUAUUAGUGUGUUUUGGUUAGUACCACAGUAUUGUCUCCAUGGGGUGGCUGAAGUUUUCAUGUCUGUUGGACACUUGGAAUUUCUCUUUGAUCAAUCACCUGAAAGUAUGAGAAGUAGUGCUGCUGCUCUAUAUUGCAUAACUACAGCCAUCGGGAACUAUAUUGGUACAUUAUUGGUAACCUUAGUGCAUAACUAUACUGGUAAGGAGAGGAAUUGGUUGCCAGAUAGGAACCUCAAUAGGGGUAGAUUGGAGUGCUAUUAUUUUCUUGUUAGUGGGAUUCAAGUUAUAAAUCUUAUUUAUUAUGUAAUAUGUGCUUGGUUUUACGCUUACAAGCCCUUGGAAGAAAUUAGUGAAAAGAACAAGGAAGAUGAUUUGGAACAAGCCAAUGAAAAUGUCUGUUCUAUCAAUUUAAAAGAUGGUAAGGAGGAAGAAAAGAGAGGAUUCACAAAAGAUGAAUGAAUUGAUUAUGCCGUUGAUAUAGUAUUUAGCAUUGUUGAACUGCGAUGAAUGCUCAUUCCUCAUCAAAGUGGCAUAUGCAAGCAUGUCUUAUAUUUUAGGUCAUUUUGUACUUCUUUAAUCAUUUGAAAUUAACAUGUCAUUGUUCAAAUAUUAAAUGUUGUUAAUGUAACACUUUAUUCUCAAAAUACAAUGUAUAAGUUCUACUUAAUCCUUUAAAAUAAAUUAUCAUUUGCAGAAUCU